UGCUGUGCGGGGGGGGGGGGCGUGGCUUCCGCCCGGCCCGCAGCAGCAUGGCGGAGGACGGGGAGCAGGCGGCGGUGUCGCCUCAAGGGGAAGCCGGGGAGGAGGCUGCGGAAAGCGGGACGGCGGCGGCGGGCGCUGCUGAGCCGGUGCCUCCCGCGGCCGGCUCGCCGGGCAGCGAGGAACCCGGCGGCGACGCCAAGAAGAAAAUUGACGUGCUGCUGAAGGCCGUGGGCGACACCCCCAUCAUGAGGACCAAGAAGUGGGCCGUGGAGCGCACCCGCACCAUCCAGGGGCUCGUCGACUUCAUCAAGAAGUUCCUGAAGCUGAUGGCCUCCGAGCAGCUGUUCAUAUAUGUGAACCAGUCUUUUGCUCCGUCUCCAGACCAGGAAGUUGGGACCCUCUAUGAGUGUUUUGGAAGUGAUGGCAAGCUGGUGCUGCAUUAUUGCAAAACCCAGGCAUGGGGGUGAAAGACAAGCAAUACAGUUGCAUAGGUGUGAUCUUCAAAAAUGGAAGAGGAACUCACUUUCUGAAACUCACCUGUAAAUGCACGGAAAAAAAAGGGUUUGGAUUUCUGCUUGUGACUGUAUACUUACAAAAACGGCAGCAAUUGAAUAGCAUGAAAGAAGAGCUACCGAGGUUAUCCAAUUGUGUAGCUUUCUCCCAAUGUACACUUUGGGUACAGAAAAAAAAUCUGCAUAUCUGUAGAAUGGAGCCAGCUCGCCUGCUUCUGAGUUCCUAAUUGCUGUACAGGAAGGGAAGCUUUUUCAAAGUUGUCUUCGGGACUGGGCAGCACUGUUGCUGUAUAUGGUGUAUGAAAGAUAAGGUUUCCUUUUAAUUAAAAAGGGAUGUGAAUUGCACCUACAGCUUGGUAUUCAGUUUGCUUCUCGCAUGUUCAUAUGUUGUGUGCAUUCUGUAUGUUAUGGACUCUACACCUUGAACAUACGUUAUCUCACUUCAAGAAUGUAUUUAGAUUUUUUUCUCAUAGUCAAUAUGCAGGUAUUGGUAAAUAACCUUGCUCUAUGCCUUUUCAUGUUGGCAGACUAAGUACCUUAUUUAUAUGGCACAGCAUAAGGAUAGAAUAUGCCUCAGAAAUAUGUCCUCCUGCCAAAUCGCAUAGAACUUUGUACAAGGCUGAACACUUCAGCGGUUGCCAGGAUAUUUCAUUUCUGGCAUUGUUUAAUGAGUAGCAAAACUUGUUGCGUCUUUCUGUUAAUGAAGUAAUAGACAUGAGGUGCUAAAAACCUACUUUAUAUCUAGUCCUUUUGGCUGCUGCUCUCUUUCUGCUUCACCAGUUGUGUGUUCCAUCAACCAAAUAGAGUUCACUUUAUGUCCUUGUGCUAAGCCAUAAUGUAAUGAGGAUUCUUUAUUUUUUUCACCUUAGAGGGGACUUGGUACUUUGACUAGGGUGCCAACCUCUCCUUUUAGUUAUUGGAGGGUUUGGGAGGUGUGGUGGUUAUUCUGGGUUUGUUGUUUUUUUUUUCUUUUACGUUUGCUGUUUUUGUUUUGGGUUAUUUCUGUGAAUUUAUUUAAAUUGGUUGUGCUAUCUUCUAUGUUUGUUUUAUCUGUACUAAAUUAAAUGUUAGCUGUCUGCUUGCUGUAA